AAGAAAAAGGAGAGAAUAGCCUUUAAACCCAAUCUUCUAUUCUCUAAGGUCUAACAAGCUAUCAUCAAGCUUAUUUAUUUGUCUUUUUCUCACCGAUUACGAAACACUGAAUCCAUUGUAUAUUCUUCUUGCGAUCUCGUCAAAUUUCAUAGGUGAAGAAGGGUUUAUAUAUUUGCCAAGAAAUGGGUAACGGAAUGUGGAAGCAAGAAGCCAGAGACUUGGUCGAGGAACCAUCGCAGAGUAAUGAGAAGCUGGAAGAUCAGAGACCACAAGAAUCUUCAUCCUCCAUCCCACGACAUGUUUGGGCUAAUCGGAGAGAAGAAAAGUUUGAUUAUAACAAAUACUACAUUAAACAAAGGGCUGACAUUGCAAAAUAUGGAGGACCUCAUCCAAAUAUAAUCCUCUUCGGUAGAGUUGGACUUCAUUGCUACAAUCUGCAAAAUGGCACAAACUUACAAUUUCUGACUGUACACAAUUUUGACUCAUGGAUAACCUCGAUUCUUUCUCAUUUCAUAAGUUUGGAGGCAAUGGAUCCAGUAGACAAUUCGAUCUGUGAGUUCGAAACGCACGUUAGGUAUGCCGUUGAGAAUAAACACUGCUUGAGCACAAUUACAACGGGAGGCAGAAUAAAGCCCAAAAUUCCAGAGGAGGAAGACACAUAUUUUGGAUGGAACAAAGAUCUCGUGGAUGAUUUCUUCAAAGGUGGUAUGCCCGAGUGGAUGCCGGAAGAUGCACUAACGGGAAGGGACAAGCUGCAAUACUAUGAGGUGAGAUUUUUCAUGUGUUAAAGAUUAAAAUAUUAAGGAUUUGAUGUUGUUGAUAUGGUACAGAUGAAAGAUUCAGAGUUAGAAGAAGAGAAGGAAUGGCUUCAUCUAUACGCGGAACUCGCAUUGUUCUCCAAACUGCAUGCGCAUGCGCUGGAGUCUGCAAAGCCAUUUGAGAUGAAGAAGAUAGUUGUGAGAACCAAAGCAAACGUGGAGUCGAAGAAGAAGGUGAAGGCGGAGAAUGCAAUCUUCUACACUAGCUUCAGAACCCGUUGUGGUCGAGACUGCAAUUGUAUAAUAAGGAGAACGACUGAUGGAAAGCGAGACCAUUUUUCUCUUGAAGUCAAAUGUUUCUUGUGAGAGUAGUAGUCCCCAAAGUUAUACAAUAAAUAACAUAUUAUAUAUAACUAGAUAAGGCCCGCCUAUUUAGGCGGGUGUACCCGAAAUUUUC